CACUCCCAGAGAAGAGAAGAAACAGAAACCAGAAACGCGGCAAACUGUGCGAACCGAACGUCUUGAGGCGCAGAUACAUUUAGAAGAUACAUUUUGUACUACCCAGUUUUUUUUGUUGUUUUUUGGUUGCUUCGACGAUUAGCAAGUGAACGAGUGAACGGCUCGAAAGCGCGUCGAGCAGAACAAAACAGAACGUAUAGAACGUACCAAGUGUGUGCUUUUCAAAGGAAAGCCAUUAGCCAUUAGCCAUCAGCCAUCCACCACCAAAUAUAACCGCCACCACUGCCGCCCCCCCCCAGUAGCACUUACCAAAUCACAGAUAUAAUGGCCGAGGCUAACAAGAGGAAUAUCCCCAUCAAGCUGGGCGACUUCAGUGUCAUCGAUACGGAGUUCAGUAACAUCCGCGAACGUUUCGAUUCCGAGAUGCGUAAAAUGGAGGAGGAGAUGGCCAAGUUCCGUCACGAGCUGAUGAACCGUGAGGCCAACUUCUUCGAGUCCACCAGCUCUACUAAAAAAACAACAACAACAACCAGCUCAACGACAAAUUCGGCCCUGCCAUCGCGAAUCCCCAAACAACAGAACUAUGUCUCCGACAUCAGCUCACCCUUGAUCCAGGAUGAGGGCGACAACAAGGUCCUGAAACUGCGCUUCGAUGUCAGCCAAUACGCCCCCGAGGAGAUUGUUGUGAAGACCGUUGACCAGAAGCUCUUGGUGCACGCCAAGCACGAGGAGAAGUCGGACACAAAGAGCGUCUACAGGGAGUACAACCGGGAGUUCCUGCUGCCCAAGGGCGUUAAUCCCGAGUCGAUUCGCUCGUCCCUCAGCAAGGACGGUGUCCUGACCGUUGAUGCCCCAUUGCCAGCUCUCACCGCCGGCGAAACACUGAUUCCCAUCGCCCACAAGUAGAGGAUGACAUCUCCAAAACCACCGAUCGACACAGGCGGAGGCAGAAACGGAAACGGAAACGGAGACGGAGGCCG